AUGAUCCUUUCCGUGGUAAACGUCCUUUCGACCGCUAUCAAAGCCAACGCUGCCGUGGUGCUGCAGAUGCUUGAUAAGCUUCCUGCUCUUGGAGUUGAGCAGAGGGCGAUUGUGGAGGCGGUGUUGGAACUAGAAGAUUCGGCGGCAACGGGUGUUGCGGGAGGUGAUAUGAUGAAUACAAGGGGCACGACGGAGAUGGGCAAGUCCACGAAGUUUAUGAUGAAUAUGGACGUGGUUCCUCGUCUCUUCCGGCCUCCCAGAUGGAGGCGUGAAUACAAGGGGCACGACGGAGAUGGGCAAGUCCACGAAGUUUAUGAUGAAUAUGGACGUGGUUCCUCGUCUCUUCCGGCCUCCCAGAUGGUAGGAGGAGGAAUCACGGCGCCAGGCAUCGUUGGGUCUGAUGGUGACGACGAACUGCGUUUGCAAGAUACGUUUUCGAGACCGCAAAGGUCUAUACGGUUGGAGAUUAGGUUUCAGGGUCCUCAGAGUCCGGAUGCGUAUGGCGUUCCGGCUUCGCAGAUCAUUCAGAGUGGACAGGGUAAAUCAGCCAAAAGGCUUAAACUCACCGAUAUCGAACUACUCGAACUUGCUCGACAACUGACGUUGCUUGAAUCCGCGUUAUAUCAAAAGAUCCGCCCUAUGGAGUAUCUGCAGUGUGCUAGAGAAGGUGUCGGCGGCAAGGACAAAGACGGUGGAUCUGGAGGUGGAAUCGAUAAGGAGUCGGUGAAUAAUUAA